AUGGCGUCUCACAAUCCCGCGAUUCCCGCUGACUCAUCCUCUUUAGUUGCACCUGCGAUUCCCGCAAAAGUGCACAAGAGCGCCGUUUGCGUGAUUCCUCCGCAAGAGACCUGGGGUUCCAUCCAAGCUAUUCGUAUCGUACACGAUAAACAUUACAAGCGCUGGAUGCCUCACAUGAACCUGCUGUACCCAUUUUGGGAAGACAAAGGGGACAACUUCCACAGAGCCGCAGCGAUCAUGCAAACAGCACUGGCAGAUACAGAGCCAUUUGAGGUCCAGCUCGCCUCUUUUAACGUCUUCCACCAUGGCAAGAGCUGCACUGUGUGGCUGCAGCCAACUCCCUCGCCGCCUCUCGUCGCCCUUCAACAAACGCUGGAAGCUGCUUUUCCUGACUGCAACGACCUCAGCGAAAUCGUGGCUGAUCGCUUCUGCCCUCACCUCUCCGUUGGCCAGUGGAGCACAAGGAAGGGGGCAGAAGCAGCCAUCAGUUCAUUCCAGCAAACAUGGACGCCUGUCACGUUUCAAGUAUCCUGUGUCUCGCUUAUAAGUAGGCAAGGUUACCAUGAUCCUUUCAAUGUGCAGGUGCAAGUGCCUUUAGGUGCUGUGCGUCAGGAUUCCGAAGUACAUGGUCUCGUUCUGGCCGCGCUGCUCGUCGCCUGUGGAGCAGAUGGCGAUUCGGACAUGGUCACGUUGACCAUUGACAAUCGCGUUGGCUUUGUCGACAACGAGGAGGCUGCGUUCGUGAAGAUCCAGGCGUCUUGGUGUCGGAACUGCCGAGCGCUGCCAGUCGGGAGGGCGAGAGCACUGCGUUGCGCUGCUGCAGCAGAGGAGGGCGAGAGUGCAGCCUUGCAGGCCAAGGCUGAGGCUGGGCAAGUGCCAAAGGUCACGACCAAGCAUGGGGGCAUGUGGAUGCAGGCAUGCGGGAAUGUUCCACGUGAAGGUUAUGAGGAGAGCGUCGCGGACAAGGGAGUAGAUCACUUAGGCAAGAAGCUGGCUCACCUCCUGCCCUGCAUAAUCACAGGGACCUUCGAGCCAGGGAAGACUGAUCAGUUUAUCGUUCACAGAAACUUUCACUUCGCACAUUCCCUCUGCUUUUGUCAAUGCCGACCAUCUUGCUCGCAUAUCAGUGUAUAUAUCCAAGAAAGCUGCUUCUUUCAGUCUAAACCUGACAUGCCUGUUAACUGA